UAGACCCGGGGCUGGGGGUGGAUUCUAGCCUGCAGGGAGGUAACUGACCCUCCAAGCCUUAGCUGGAGGAAGCCUUUGGCCCUCGGUGGGGCCGCAGCUGAGGCGCAGGUCCCAGGAGGCCCUGGCGCCUGGCGCGAUGUGGAAUCCCCUUCACGAAACCGACUCGAUCUUCGCCGCUUGGCGCCGCCCGCGCUGGCUGUGCGCGGGGGCGCUGCUGCUGGCCGCCGGACUCUUCGUCUUCGGCUUUCUCCUCGGAUGGUUUAUAAAAUCCUCCAAUGAAGCUACUAACACUGUUCCACAGCAUAACAUGAAGAAGGCAUUUUUGGAUGAAUUGAAAGCUGAGAACAUCAAAUCGUUCUUAUAUAAUUUUACACGGAUUCCACAUUUAGCAGGAACGGAACAAAACUUUCAGCUUGCGAAGCAAAUUCAAUCCCAGUGGAAAGAAUUUGGCUUGGAUUCUGUUGAGUUAGCCCAUUAUGAUGUCCUGUUGUCCUAUCCAAAUAAGAUUCAUCCCAACUACAUCUCAAUAAUUGAUGAAGACAGAAAAGAGGUUUUCAACACAUCAUUAUUUGAACCCCCUCCUCCAGGAUAUGAAAAUGCUUCAGACGUUGUGCCACCUUUUAGUGCUUUCUCUCCACAAGGAAUGCCGGAGGGUGAUCUAGUGUAUGCAAACUAUGCACGAACUGAAGACUUCUUUAAACUCGAGCGGGAUAUGAAAAUCAAUUGCUCUGGGAAGAUUGUGAUUGCCAGAUAUGGGAAAAUUUUCAGAGGCAAUAAGGUUAAGAACGCCCAGCUGGCGGGGGCCAAAGGAGUCAUUCUGUACUCAGACCCUGCUGAUUACUUUGCUCCGGGGGUGGCACCCUAUCCAGAUGGCUGGAAUCUUCCAGGAGGUGGUGUCCAGCGUGGAAAUAUCUUAAAUCUUAACGGUGCGGGGGACCCUCUCACACCUGGUUACCCAGCAAAUGAAUAUGCUUAUAGACGUGAAAUCCCAGACGCUGUUGGCCUUCCGAGGAUUCCUGUUCAUCCCAUCGGAUACUUUGAUGCACAGAAGCUCCUGCAAAACAUGGGUGGGACAGCAGCACCCGAUAGCAGCUGGAAAGGAAAUCUCAACGUGCCCUACAACGUUGGUCCUGGCUUUACUGGAAACUUCUCUACACAAAAAGUCAGGAUGCACAUCCAUUCCAACAACAAAGUGACAAGGAUUUGCAAUGUGAUUGGAACUCUCCGAGGAGCCGUGGAACCAGACAGAUAUGUCAUUCUUGGAGGUCAUCGUGACUCAUGGGUGUUUGGUGGCAUUGACCCUCAGAGUGGAGCAGCGGUAGUUCACGAAAUUGUGAGGAGUUUUGGAAUUCUGAAAAAAGAAGGAUGGAGGCCUAGAAGAACAAUUUUGUUUGCAAGCUGGGAUGCAGAAGAAUUUGGUCUUCUUGGUUCUACUGAGUGGGCAGAGGAGAAUUCCAGACUCCUUCAGGAGCGCGGUGUGGCCUACAUUAAUGCUGAUUCCUCUAUAGAAGGAAACUACACUCUGAGAGUCGAUUGUACCCCACUGAUGUACAGCUUGGUAUACAACCUAACAAAGGAGCUCCAAAGUCCUGAUGAAGGCUUUGAAGGCAAAUCUCUCUAUGAGAGCUGGAAUAAAAAAAGUCCCUCACCAGAGUUUAUUGGCAUGCCCAGGAUUAGCAAAUUGGGAUCUGGUAAUGAUUUUGAGGUGUUCUUCCAAAGACUCGGAAUUGCUUCAGGCAGAGCACGGUAUACCAAAAAUUGGGAAAUAAACAAAUUCAGCAGCUAUCCACUGUAUCACAGUGUUUAUGAAACAUAUGAAUUGGUGGAAAAGUUUUAUGAUCCAACUUUUAAGUAUCACCAUGCUGUGGCCCAGGUUCGAGGAGGGAUGGUAUUUGAACUAGCCAAUUCCAAAGUGCUCCCUUUUGACUGUCGAGAUUAUGCUGUAGUUUUAAGAAAGUAUGCUGACAAAAUCUACAAUAUUUCAAUGAGACAUCCACAAGAAAUGAAAACAUACAGUGUGUCAUUUGAUUCACUAUUUUCUGCAGUGAAGAACUUUACAGAAAUUGCUUCAAAGUUCAGUGAGAGACUCCAAGACUUGGACAAAAACAACCCAAUGUUAUUAAGAAUUAUGAAUGAUCAACUGAUGUUUCUGGAACGAGCAUUUAUUGACCCUUUAGGGUUACCAGACAGGCCUUUCUAUAGGCAUGUCAUCUCUGCACCAAGCAGCCACAACAAGUACGAGGGGGAGUCCUUCCCAGGAAUUUUUGAUGCUCUGUUUGAUAUUGAAAGCAAAGUGGAUCCCCACAAGGCCUGGCGAGAAGUGAGGAGGCAGAUCUCUGUCGCAGCCUUCACGGUGCAGGCUGCAGCGGGGACCCUGAGAGACGUGGCCUGAGCGCUUCUGUUGAGAACCCACAUUCAGCUGGUAUGUUCAUCGCUCAGAAAAACCAUCAGGGGUGUAUUGACAAGCAAAACACUGGAGCUGUGUGCAUCUUAGUAUUUUUGUCUUCUCCCUAUGGAUCAAAAAGGAGAGAUAGAUGAUUUUUAUUCUAUAAUUGCAAAAGGUUAUUCCGAAGUCGGGCUAUGUGUUAUAAUUAAGGACAACAGCCUAAUACAUUAAAACGCUUAUGUGGCAUUAUCAGGGAAUCAAGUCUAAUUCAGCAUUUCCAAACCUACUCCUGGCAUUGGGCAUGGAGAAAACAUCCGUUUGUAAGAGCACAAGAGGAAAUCUGUAGCACUGCUCUAAGCCAAAGGCCUCAAGCCUUGCCUGGCUCCUGAGGCUGAGAGGUGCUAUCUUAUCACACUCAUUAGACAAUAUGUACAGUGAAAAACAAUACAGAAAAUAACAAUAGUAAACCCCCAACCCCAAUAACCAGACAAAGAAAAGGAUCACUACCAGGACCCUUGGUCCCUCACCCUUGCACUGUCGACCUGUGGCCUUCUCUUCUGCCAGAGAUACUCACUUUCUUUAAUUUUAUGCUGCUCUUUCCUAUUAUUUAUAAUUUUACCACAUAUGGCUAGAUCCCUUAUGUGUUUUUGGCUUUGUGCAUUUUUUGAAUUAUUUGUAAUACAUUACAUUAUAUAUACCAUGUGCACUAUUCUAGGACUUGAUUUUUCACUAACCUUUGAAGGUCGAUCCAUGCAUUAUUAUGGCUGUGGUUGGAUAAAUUUCACUGACAUAGGCAUUCUGUUGCAUGAAUAUAACACUUAUGAGUCAAGGUCAAGUCAAGACAGAGAAACCAUGAAGACACACAAAUAGGAAAAGUUAAUAUAAAGAAUGAUUGAGCCCUGGCCGGUUUGGCUCAGCGGUUAGAGCAUCAGCCUGCAGUUUCGGUUCCCGCUAAGGGCGCGUACCUC